GUUUUUGCUAAUGGGUAAUACUCGGUUAGUGUUAAAGUUAUAAUCUUUAAAAGAGGAACACGGGGGUUUGGAAAAAAGCAAAGAAAAACACCGCUGAAUUGGGUUUUUCUUGGUUUUUGUCCCUAUCUUUCUUCUCUGUUUUUUCUGGCUCUGUAACUGCAAGCCUCCCGUGUGUUUCUGCUGGGAGACCCGAAAAAAGCAUUUCUUCUUUUUGAGUCCCUGCAAUGCUUUCCCAGCGGUGUAUCUCUAAGGCGACACCUACGCCUCUCUCCUUUCAAAACCCUUCAUUACCCACUUCCAAGAAUCCCAUUUUCAGUUUCUCAAAGCUCUCAACUUUUCACUCUCUGUCGCUUUCUCGUCCACAACCCACUUUCCUUAUGGCCUCCUCUUCCCAUUUCUCCAAUGGCGUUGAAGCUCUUCCUUUAGAUUCGGAGCUUGACCGCUUUGCCCAGGUCGCCAACAAGGUCGCUGAUGCCUCUGGACAAGUGAUUAGGAAAUAUUUCCGGAACAAGUUUGAGAUUCUGGAUAAAGCUGAUUUGAGUCCUGUCACUAUUGCAGAUCAAACUGCAGAAGAAUCUAUGGUAUCUAUUAUAUCAGAAAAUUUUCCAUCUCAUGCUAUUUACGGUGAAGAGAAUGGAUGGAGGUGCAAAGAGAAGUUUUCAGACUAUGUAUGGGUUUUAGACCCAAUAGAUGGAACAAAGAGUUUUAUAACUGGAAAACCUGUGUUUGGUACCCUUAUUGCUCUACUACAGAGGGGUAAACCAAUUCUUGGCAUCAUUGAUCAGCCAGUUUUAAAAGAAAGGUGGAUUGGAAUAAGUGGAAGGAAAACUACACUGAAUGGGCAAGAAGUGUCCACACGCAAGUGUGCCAAUCUGUCACAAGCUUAUCUGUAUACUACAAGUCCGCAUCUAUUCAAUAAAAGGGCAGAAGAAGCAUUUACGCGUGUUAGAAAGAAGGUCAAAGUGCCAUUAUAUGGCUGUGACUGCUAUGCUUAUGCACUCUUGGCUUCUGGAUUUGUGGAUCUUGUUGUUGAGUCCGGUCUCAAGCCAUACGACUUCCUUUCACUGAUACCAGUGAUAGAAGGUGCUGGGGGUGUCAUAACUGAUUGGAAUGGACAUCAAUUAUGUUGGGAGGCUUCUCCAAGUUCUGUAGCAACAAGUUUUAAUGUAGUGGCAGCUGGCGAUAGACAGAUUCACCAGCAAGCCUUAGAGUCAUUGCAAUGGCAAUGAGAUUGGUCUUAUGGUGGAACAAGGUUAUUCAUUCCCUUUUUAUAUGCCAACAUCAAAUACUAUGUCAGAAUGGUAGGUAGUUUGAUUUAUGUUAAGUGAAAUGCAAGUACGGUCAAGAGGAGCCGUAUCUAUUUGUCUUUCUAUAGACAUUGCUAGUUGAUCUUUAUCAGUAAUAAAUUUUUUUGCCGGGGAUAUAGAUCUCCUCAUAAA